AACUUGGUAGAGUAACAUAAGUUGUAGCAAUAAAGACCUGUGUUAUCCUCAUUCCAUCUGUGCUCAUUCCCAUUAAAAUAUUUGGUGUAAUUAGACGUACCUACUCCUUCUACUUCAACAACUUGAAUUCAAAAAUAAAGUAGGUAUUAUGUUUGAGAAUACUCCAAGGGUGCUCUCCAUCCAAAGCCAUGUUGUGCAUGGAUAUGUUGGCAAUAAAAGUGCCGUAUUUCCUUUACAGGUGCUCGGUUUUGAAGUUGAUUCUAUAAAUACAGUACAAUUCUCAACACACACAGCAUACAAACAUAUCAAGGGUAAUGUCCUGAAAAAUGAGGAACUAGAAGAACUGGUGCAGGGGUUAAUAUUGAAUGAGGUGGAUCAUUACACUCAUUUUCUAACAGGUUAUUCUAGAUCUCCUGACUCCCUAAAACAGAUAGCAGAAAUCAUUAAAAAGUUAAAGCAAAAGAAUCCAGCUCUUGUUUAUGUGUGUGAUCCAGUAAUGGGUGAUAAUGGAGAAAUGUAUGUCCCCAAAGAGAUACUACCAGUGUAUAGAGAUAUAGUAGUUCCAUUGGCAGACAUUUUGACACCUAAUCAAUUUGAAGCUGAACUUUUAACUGGAAUUAAUAUAACUGAUCUGACAGAAGCUAUGAAGGCGAUUGGUGCUCUACAUGAUAAAGGAGUGAAAACUGUGGUUUUGUCCAGCACAGACUUAGAUAAUGACGGGGAUAUAAUUGCAAUUGCGAGUACAAAAGGCGGUUCCUGCUACAAGAUAGACAUGAAGAAGCAAGAUGCCACAUUCACUGGCACAGGAGAUCUCUUUGCAGCUCUUUUCCUAGCAUGGUCAUAUAAGACAAACAAUGAUGUCAAACUAACACUUGAGAAAACCAUAUCAACUAUGCAAAGUAUAGUUUUAGACACAUAUAAGAAAGCUAGAGCAAUUCAACCAAGUGGUAAAAUACCACCAGCACUAAUUGAGCUCAGACUUAUUCAGAACAAGACAGUUAUAGAAAAUCCAGACAACAAGAUGAAUGCAGUAAAAGUGAAUGCAUAAGCUUCUUUCGUUAAC